CGUGAACCGUGUGAGUUCCUUAGCGUCUGCGUCAGCAUGAGACGUAUGUGUAGACUCGACAGUCGACGGCGCAGGGGCCUGAGACGUGGAGGAGGUAUCCGCAGGCUGACGAGUGGAUGUAGAGAUGAGAGCCACGAAGAUGGAAAGAGGGUCAGGGGGAUCGGGCUCCAGAGAGAGAUGAGCUCAGCCUCGGGACAGAGUGGGCGCCUCUGCAUCGACUACCACGGGCUUAACCGUUACACGGUUAAGAACAACUAUCCCAUGCCCCGUGCGGAUGAGCUGUUUGACCGUCUGGCAGGCAACCACUUCUUCACGAACAUCGAUCUUCGUAGCGGUUACCACCAGAUCCGCGUUGCCGCAGAGGACCAGCCGAAGACAGCCUUUCGGUCGCGCUUCGGCCACUACGAGUUCACGGUGAUGCCAUUCGGCCUCACCAAUGCACCCGCCACCUUCCAGAUGGCGAUGGACGAUAUCUUCAGGGACAUCCUUGAGGAAUAUGUUCUCGUAUACCUGGACGACAUCUUGCUCUACAGUCUUACCUUUGAAGACCAUAUCAGACACCUCCGCGAUGUCCUACAGCGCUUACGCAAGCAUGGCUUCUAUGCCAAGCUCAGUAAGUGCCGCUUUGCCCAGCGCAAAGUGGACUUCCUAGGACACCAUGUGUCUAACCAGGGUCUCCACAUGGAUGACGCGAAGAUCACUGCUAUUACAGAGUGACCCGUCCCCACAUCUGCCAAGCAGCUUCGCAGCUUCCUAGGCCUCACCAGCUACUAUAGUAAUUUUAUCCAGGGAUACGCUAGGUAUU